AUGAGUGUGCGGUCCUUCGCGGCCUUCAAAAAUUGCGAAGAUGAAGGUGAAGACGAGUGUAGCCUUGUAGAUCUCCUCGAGAAACGAUCAAGCUUAGGAGCUUCUGUCGUUGAUGCUGUUUCAUCACCAACGACGUUCAGAAGAAUAUGGGAAGAAACAAAAGUCGUUUACCCAGACCGCCAACCCAGCCGUAGGGGGCGUCCGGAUAGUAUUCGGAGCAACCCCGGACGUGGCCGAACAGGGCUCGUUUCCUCCACCUCCCCUAGAGAACCGCCUUCCACCGAGACUCGUUCGGCCUCAAGUGCUACUAGGAGUCUCUCGUCUCGGUCUACAAAGUCGAAGGAAAACUCACCAUCUACGUCCCCCUUCCCUGGAGAUGCCAUAGCUCUUCCCGGUCUCCAGAGCAAGGGGCCGAGAGAGCAUGACGAACUUAUGCCUUUAACUGGAGAUGAAAUCAACCAAGCUUCGUUUGAUCUUGUAUCUCCAUGCAACAACGCACCUCCUCGGUAUUCUCUGGAAAUAAUAUCGGAAGCUCUCUUUUCGGCAGAGCAUCUAGACGCUAUCUUGAACGAUCAGCUCCUACUUGAAAGGUUUACAUCCUUCCUUUGCGUCUCUAGGCCGAAAUCUAUCCCUCUUCUGGUAUAUUAUCUAGACGCUCUAAAAGCACUGAAGGCUAUAGGAUAUUCAAACUCCAUUGUUCGAUCCUUGGUCUCUGUCAAGGGAGCAGGCCUUAGUGAAGAGGUAAUCUCAAAUACUAUCAACGAAUCCUUAUUAGCAAGGCUUAGCAAGGUGCUUCAAACUCUGGCUAGAGAGGACCUACCUGCCUACAUCACCCAUACUUGGAUCCAGACGGUGGCUGUCACUAUCAAGCAGCGGAUCACAAAUACGUUGCCUGACCAUCUCAAAGAUCUCUCUGAGGGAUUAGCGGAUGUCUUCUGCUUGAUAGAUCCAUCGAGACAUGACAAUCCGAUUGUAUUUGCUAGCAAAGAGUUCCAUCAAAUGACGCAGUAUGGAGCCAGCUAUGUCCUAGGUCGAAAUUGUCGUUUCCUUCAGGGGCCCGGCACGAGCCAAUCGAGCGCGAGAAGAAUAAAAGAGCACCUAGAUGCCGGAAAGGAGCACUGCGAAGUCCUACUGAACUACCGCCGGGACGGAUCCCCAUUUAUGAACCUUGUCAUGGCCGCACCUCUUCUAGACAGCUGUGGAAUCAUCCGGUACCAUAUCAGCGCCCAGGUAGAUGUUUCGGGUCUGGCGAAGGAAUGUGUAGGCCUUGAGUCUCUCAGGCGCAUUGUUGACCAGAGACGGAACGGCAAGGAUGCCAGUACUCAUAUGAGUGCCAAAGAUGAGUUCCGUGAGCUCGCAGAAAUGUUCACCUCCUCGGAGUUGAAGACGGUCCAGGAAGUAGGCGGUAGUAUGCACCGUCGCCACCGGGAAGACACGGCAGGCGCCGAGACAGGUUCGAGACACCAUGGCCCGACUCGCAUAGACUCCGAUCCCUUGCCUCGAAUAUCGACCGCGUCAGUUAAUCGCGUUACAAGCCUCUUCGAACACUACCUCCUAGUACGCCCACACCCACACCUACGGGUCCUCUUCGCCUCCCCGUCCCUCCGUUUCCCCGGCAUGCUACAAAGCAGCUUCAUAUCCCGGAUCGGGGGCCCCCCUGCCGUCCGAGAAGCAGUCGCCCAAGCAUUCGCCGACGGCCGCGGAAUCACCACGAAGGUCCGCUGGGUGACCCGAAUGGACAGCUACGGGAAGGGCAAGUGGAUACACUGCACGCCGCUGCUGGGAUCAAACGGGGCUGUGGGCGUGUGGAUGGUGGUGCUUGUUAAUGACGACGCGGAGGUCGAUUUGCGACGUUCUCGGGACGCGCCGCUCGUAGACGUGAAAAUCGACGGGCGGAGACCUUUCGAUGGGGAGGAUAUAAGUUCUGGUAACGGUAACGCGAAUGGAGGUCUUAAUGGGUGUCGUCCCUCGUCGGCUUUGGGACACACUUCAGGAGACGUGGAGAUUGAAGCUUGCACGUCGGGAUCUAGUGACCCAGCACACAAGAAAGCAGGAUCUACUACGAUGUAA